AUGACAUUUUAUGGAUGGAGUCGAGUUGUCAUUAUUACAGAGAAAGUGACCCUUUUCACUGAAACUGAGGAGACACUCUUCGAAUUGCUCACUACAAAAUCUGUUAAUGCUACAAGGAUUGAUUUUGAGUCUGAUGACAAUCCUGCUGAUAUUCCUAAUUUGUUUCCUGAAAAUGAGAGGAUUUUUUUCUUAAAUAUGUGGGAGCCAAAAGCAAGACAAGUCAUAUGUGAGGCGUAUAAAAGAGGAUAUACUGAUAGGACAAAAUAUGGCUGGAUACUGUAUGGGUGGUACAGUAAUGCUUGGUGGAAUUUACGAUCUAAAAACACCACAGUGACUUGUACAAAUGAACAACUUUACUCUGUCCUGAAUGGAGCACUGGCUGUACAGCAGUAUCCUAUUAAUACUAAUGUGACAAAAACUGCCAUUGGAAACCUUUCAUACAGCGAGUUUUAUGAACUAUAUGAUGCAAGACUUGCCGAUAAUGUGUCAUAUCCAUCUCAUGCCUACCUCGAAUCAACCUACGUGGCACACAUGUCAUAUGAUGCUACAUGGACACUAGCACUGGCUCUUGAUAGAACAGCAAGAAGAAUAGCGGGAGGACAAGACCCAGUUCCUGAGUGUAGUGGUACACUGACCCCAUUGGAUCAAUGGGACAAUACAAUAUCAACUACCUCUUGCCUUAUAAGAUAUGAGCUAGGGAGAACCAGUUUUGAAGGAUUAACAGUUAAGACUAUGUUAAUCAAGCUCAUUAGUCCUAAUCUUAAUUAUUUCAUUAUUGCUGGCACUUCAAUGGUCUUUCUCUCAAUAUUUUUACGAAUAUUUCCAUUUGAUACCAGCGAUGAGGAAAGAUUUAAGAAAACUCGACUCUUACUCUGCUAUAUUUCAUUGUACCUUGAUUUCAUUGGAUACACGAUUGCUUUUGGAACUAUCCUGUCUAAAAUGUGGAGGAUAUAUUACAUAUUUCAUAAUCCUUCCCCAAAUAAAAAAAUACUUACUGAUUGGCAUUUGAUUGGUUUAAUUCUAUUAAUAACUGCUGGCAUGGCUGCUAUACUGAUAAUUGGAUCUGUCAUACCUCAAACAAGAUUGAAGCUCUCACUGGAAUCUGACAGAGAAAACUCAAACAAGUUUGAUGAAAGAGGAGUGCCACUAGAUUAUUAUGUGUAUCAUUGCUUCACUACAGCGUCCUUUGUGUGGCUCAUUUUUCUUUACAUUUAUCUCGGAAUGCUUCAAAUAAUAGCUCUCAUUCUUGCCAUACAAACACGCAAAGUUCGCAUCAAGAUACUUAAUGACUCAAAGGAGGUUGCAACCAUCAUUUACAUAACUAGCAUUGUACUGGUAGAGCUGGUGAUUGUAUCAUUUGCUCUGUCUAUCAUAUUUGCACCAAAGAUGUAUCGUUUAUAUAAAGAUCCCAAGGGAGAGAGUUGUGAGACCUCACAGACAAUGUCUUCAAUUGAGUUUGGAAGAAGUGGAGCAUUGACAGUAGUCAGUGAUAAAGAGAGGAUCGAUCAGUUGCAGAAUAAAGUCCUGGAGCUACAGUCACAGCUAGAAGGAAAAAGGGUUUUAAAUGCAGAAAACGGAGACAGGAAAGGACCUGUGACUUUCAUAGAGACUUCCAUGGUGGCUUCAAUUACUGAGACAAGUGACUGAAAUGUAUUUUGUUGUCAUGGUGUGUUUUGUACCGUUUUUAUUCAAACAAAGUUUAUUUUUAAAGUGCA